AUGCCGUUCGAAUUACGCUCUGAGAUCGGAGUUCCUACCCAUUUCGACUUUAUCGCUCGUAACAAUGCUGCUCUGCUGAACAGCUCGUCGACGGGAGAGAGCUCCGCAGCUGCUCAUAAGAGGAAGAGAGAUAGUGAAGAGGAAAGACAGCUGGCUAACAGGUUACCAACGGCUGCAGAACUCUUCGUACCUUCUUUACCAGGUAUACCUAAUCUAGCUACUCAUCCUACUCAUCCUCUACACUUAUAUGCUGGGGAGAUCCCCUCGUACCCCGGUGAAGGCCAAGGUGGUGGUGAAGGUGCAACUGGGAAGGAUGCAAAGUUAUUCUUUAUGAUGGCCAAAGCAAGACGAUCAGCUGGGAAACAAAGGUUAUUGUUCUGGUUCAACGGUGGACCGGGUUGUUCGUCUUUCGAUGGAUCUUUAAUGGAAGUAGGGCCUUUCCGGACUGUACCAGCAUCAGAGACUGAGUCGGGUAAAGUAGAAGUGAAACUGGUUGAUGGGGGUUGGGAAGAAUAUGCGAAUGUCGUUUUCGUGGAUCAACCUCCCGGUACUGGGUUUUCUUAUGUACCUACCAACGGAUAUCUACAUGAAUUGGAUCAAGGAGCCGCCCAUCUCAUCAAAUUCUUACAAAACUUCUAUACUAUCUUUCCCGAAUUCGCUGGUGUCGAUACCUACCUUGCCGGAGAAUCUUUCGCAGGUCAAUAUAUACCUUAUUUCGCCGACGCAAUCUUGAAAUCCAAUGUCUUGCAGAACUUCCCCUUAAAAGGUAUCGCCAUAGGAAACGGUUGGAUAGAUCCCAAACAGCAAUAUCCUGGUUAUGCAGAUUUCGCUUAUGAGAAGGGGUUGAUCAAGCAGGGUACACCGGAGGCGGAAAAGCUGGAUGCAGCAUUAAAAGCCUGUGAAGCUUCGAUGGAGAAGUACACAGAUCCGUACAAAACCCCUUCGAAUAUCAAUCAUUGUGGUGAAGUGAUGGAUUCAGUAACGGACAGUUACGUUCAAGAGUUGAACGGGAAGAAAGUCUGCAUGAAUGUAUAUGACGUUCGCUUGGUAGAUGAUUGGCCUGCAUGCGGUAUGAAUUGGCCACCUGAUUUAUCAGAUGUGUAUACUUUUUUGAGACGAGACGAUGUGAUAUCAGCAUUACAUGCGAAAGAAAAAGAAACAGCAUGGGUAGAAUGUGAUAACAAAGUAUCAGCCGAAUUACAUCUACGAAAUUCCCCAGCGUCAGUCGCCUUGUUACCUGGGAUAUUGGAAAAGGGAGUACCGAUAUUAAUGUUUGCCGGAACGGAAGAUUUGAUAUGUAAUUAUAAAGGUAUAGAGAGGAUUGUUGACAAUUUGAUUUGGGAAGGUCAGCAAGGUAUGGGUAAUGCAACGGUACAGAAAUGGUAUUUGAAUGAUACGCAGGUGGGGACUUGGCAAUCAAGUAGAGGAAUGCAAUUCGCUCAAGUCUUUGAUUCUUCGCAUAUGGUUGGAUUCGAUGUACCCCACGUUACAAACGAUAUGAUCAUGCGAUUCAUGGAUGUCGACUUGGCCCUUCUUCCAGGUUUAGCUGCUCAGUCUUCAUCUCGAUUAGGCGAUGUGCAAAGAGUGGCUGUUAGCAUCGGCGCAAGUGCAGCAGCUGGUAUGCCGUUGUUGAAAGGUGGAGCGACAGAUUGGGAUGCAUGGUACAAUAUCAUUUCAGCCCUUUUGAUCCUUUUCAUACUCAUAUCAAUCGUUGCGAUAUACUUCUAUUUCAGAAGACGAGGUGCCUUACGAAGAUCCAGGAUGGGCCUGGGAUUUCCCAGAGAGGACGGAGGUGAUUUAUCGGAGAGAAUACCACUAGGAUCCGAAAGAGUUGAAUUGGAUGAUAUCGAACGUGCUGAGAGGUACAAUGAGGAAUAUCUUGAUGGUGAUGUGCAGGAUCAGGAGAGGAGGAAGAGAAAAGGUAAAGGUAAAGGAAAAGAGAGGUAUGAUGAGGAUGAAGAGGAUGUAAAAGGAGAGACGGUCUUUGCGCUUGGUGAUGAGGAUGAAGAUAAGUAG